CAUUUCUCUUUCUCUUUCCCUUUCCAACAAAGGGCUUGGUCAGAAAAGCCCCGUUUGUCCCUAAUUGGUAGCUAUGUUAUCGUAGGCAUGCCUGGCUAGACUCAUCCAUUAUAUGUCAUCACCGGUACACUCUCGAAAUUUUGCUCAUCCUUCCAUUACUUCCCCUAGACGACAGAAAUCUAAAUCUUAUAGACCAUGUCAACGAACGAUCUCCGUAGAACCAUUGUAAUGUCUUUCUUCAGGUGACAGGGUCAAGUCAUUCAUUUUCUCCUUGUGUGUUUUUUUCUAGAAUCCUAUAGACGGUAUCCUCCGCGAUCAAUAGAACAUAAUGUCGAUCUGCGUAGCAGACUUUCCCCAGACCUGGCAGAAGCCCUCGUCCGAGGAACUGCUGACAGCUCUCAAACAGCUCCAGGUUGAACCUCCGAUCUGGAAUCCUGGCACUUCUCGAAAGGUCAUACUGGAGAGCUACCACAAUGCUGCCCAGCUCCGUCGCGAGGUUGCUGCGUAUCUGUCUAGCAUAAUCAAGAGCGGUCUUGCGUGGAUCCAGGACGAAGACGAGAAGGAAGCGGUGUGGGAUGAGGCAAGCCGGCGCCUUGCAGAACGCUGCGGUAGAGCGGGAAUGGGUGAGAUCACGCGAAGAUGGCCCCUUGAGGACCAAGCAUCGUCUCCUUUCGAGCUAGUCAUUCGGGAGCCUCCCAUCACUGGCGAUUCUCUCGGCUUGAAAACCUGGGGGUCCUCAUAUCUGCUUGCACAGUCGUUAGGCGGCAUUGCGAAAGAGUCCCUUUCCCAUAUACUCAACUUGGGACGUUCGAAUGAAUCCCUAGAUGUUCUAGAAUUGGGGUCGGGAACAGGGCUCUUGGGAAUGGCUGCUGCUGCCAUUUGGCAAACCAACGUGGUUUUGACUGACCUCCCAACCAUCGUACCGAACCUAGCCUACAACAUGGAGAGGAAUAGAUGCACUAUCGAGACCCUGGGAGGGAAGGUUGAUUCGGGUGUUUUAACUUGGGGCUCCGAAGAUGGCAACACCGAGCGAUUUAAUUCCAAGAACCAAUUCAAAAUUGUCCUUGCCGCAGAUGCUCUGUACGACGAUGACCACCCAGAGCUCCUAUCCUCUGCGAUAGUUGCGCACCUAGCCCAAGACAAAGAUGCCAGGGCCAUUGUAAUGGUACCUCAGCGAGACUUGACCACCAAGAAACUGGCCGCAAAAUUCCUGUCCAUUAUGAUUGUCUCUGGGCUAAGCGUGCUAGAGCAGCACACCUUGGUUGGCCAAGAUGACUGGGAUGAGGACGGUGAGGAUUCGGGAAUAGAAUGCUGGUGGGCUGUUUUUGGGAGACAGUAACAGCAACUAGCGGCAAGCGUACUCCGCCCUGAGGUUGAACCCAUACGCAUAGAAUUAUAAAGACUUGAUAGAUACUUGAUAGGCCGAUGUAAAGGGAUAAUAGAAGGUAGACUACGGAAUAUCGCUCCCCAGUUUUCUCAAAAUAUCGAUGCAAGGGGGCAAGAUAAGAUCCUAUGAUAGCAAUAUUUCCUAUCCAAUCCUCACACUAGACUGAAAGUAUAUACGACGACAUGUACCAACUUUCAAGUCUUCCUAACCAUGAAUCAUCCGUAACUCAAGACGACGCCUCUUGCGCUGCCGCAAACGUAUGAAAGCUCCCCGCCGCCCUCGGAUACACAACUUUAGCCUCCCCAUUCGUCCCGUUCCCGUCAACACCAUUCACCACUCCAACACCCCCACCUAACCAAUCAUCAUCAUCAUCAUCCUCCUC